AUGCCAUCGCAAACGCUAGCAUCAACGCAACCAGCUUCAUUCUCAUCAUCAAACAUCAAGUUCUAUCUCGAAUACGUGCUCUUUCUAUAUACAUAUCUAAUAGCCAUGCUGACAUGGAAGGGCCCCAAACGGCGUCCUUCUUCAAGACUAAACGGAACACCCACUCCAUCAUCAUCAUCAACUUCAUCACCAAAAGCCCUUCGAAGGUCUAAACGAUUAAAGUCAGCUUCAACCGAUGAAUCCGAUUCAGCAGCAUCGGAUUCAAGUAUAUCUAGAAUGAGUAGUAGCAGUAAUGGUCAUACUCCGCGAAUACGGAAGAGUUUGAGGAGUAGUGUUACUCCUGACCGUAGGAUAAAGACUCUGGUCCUGGAUUUAGACGAGACGUUGAUCCAUUCCACGUCUAGAGGGUCUAGGAAUCAUGAUCAUAUGAUUGAGGUGUUGGUUGACAAACAUGUUUGUUUGUAUUAUGUAUAUAAGAGGCCUCAUGUCGACCUGUUUCUACAACGGGUCUCUCAAUGGUAUCAUCUAGUAAUCUUCACAGCUUCAAUGCCGGAAUAUGCCGAUCCGGUCAUUGACUAUCUAGACAAGUCACGAACACUAAUAUCAAGACGAUUUUUUCGUUCAGCAUGCACUCAAAACAACGGAAUAUACCUGAAACCUCUACAUGUCAUUGAACCAGACUUGUCUCAGGUCUGUCUGCUUGACAACUCGCCAAUGUCGUAUGCAGAUCAUCCAGACAAUGCCAUACCGAUUGAAAGCUGGAUUAAUGAUCCUCAUGAUGAGGCAUUGCUGGACUUGUUACCCUUUUUGGACGCUUUGCGAUUUACGGACGAUGUUAGGACAGUCUUGUCGUUGAGAGUAUGA